UUGUCUGGACGUGAUGCUGCUCAUCUGAUCCCUACGGGCCAGGGCCUGAACCUCCAGGUGAUGGUUACCUCACCCUGUGGAGUCGCUGGGGCAGGAGGAAAGGAUGGAUCAAGGUGUUUGGGAUAAUGAAUCCAAAGAGCUCAGAGCCUGUGUCUGAGGUGCUGAUAGUGGUGCCGAGUGUCACCCUGGUGCACAGAACCUGUCUGAGAGGGUGGGCAGAGGUUCAGGUACCUUGCCGUGAUGCUGAGUUGUGGAGCUACUCUGGAAGGGACCAGUUUCAAGAGAGACUUCUGCCUGAGCUGUGCUGUGGGGUGUGGGUGUCUGGAGAUCCCUGAAUCACUCCCUGAUCAUCGCUGCACCCACAGGCUCCGGGUGCUCUCCCAGGUGUGUCCUCGGUGGGAUGGAUCCUGGCUGCCAGCGUUGGCCCUGGGUGUUGUUUGUACUCCUGGCUGUCCCAUGGGUGCUUGGUGCCCAGAGACCCUGCCCCCAGGGACCCUGCUACCCCCCUGCUGGAGACCUCCUGCUGGGAAGAGCCCAUCUCCUGAGAGCAUCCUCCACCUGUGGCCUCACCAAACCUGAGACCUACUGCACACCCCACAGAGAGUGGAGCAUGAAGUGCUGCAGGUGUGACUCGAGGCUGCCACACUCCUACAGCAGCCACCGGGUGCACAACGUCCUCUCCUCCUCGGGACACUCCCGAUGGUGGCAGUCCCAGAACGGCAUCAAGCACGUCUCUUUGCAGCUGGACCUGGGGCAGACGUUCCAGCUCAGCAGCAUCCUGCUUCACUUCAGGUCCCCACUGCCUGCUGCCAUGCUGCUGGAACGCUCCACAGACUCGGGCAGGACCUGGCAGGUGUACCAGUACCUGUCCUCUGACUGCUCCAACACCUUCCCCCACAUCCCCCAGGGCUCCCCUGAGAGCUGGCAGGAUGCUCGGUGCCAGCUGCUGCAGGGGGACCCUUUACACGGUGGCAAGGUGAAAUUCAGUGUCCAAGACCUGGCAUCAACCAUCACUACCUCUUACAGCCAGGCUGUUGAUAAGCUGGGACAGUUCACCAACCUCCGGAUCAACUUCACUGAGCUCCCCCACAUCCCACGCCAGGGCUUCCACUCCCCAAGCACCUUCUACGCCGUGACGGAGAUGCGGGUGCUGGGGAGCUGCUUCUGCCAUGGCCACGCUGAGAGCUGCACCCCUGCAGGAGACCUGCAUGGAGUGCAGGUGCCCGGGCACUGUGUGUGCCAGCACAACACUGCAGGUCCCCACUGCGAUCGCUGCGCUGCCUUCUACAACAACCACCCGUGGGCUCCUGCAGAGGACAACGACCCUCACGAGUGCCAGAGGUGCAACUGCAACGGGCACUCAACCUCCUGCCACUUUGACCCGGAGCUGUUCCGUGCCACUGGAGGGGUGAGUGGUGGUGUCUGUGACAACUGCCAGCACAACACCCAGGGCAACAACUGCGAGCUCUGCAAACCCAACCAUUUCCGCAACCAGCAGCAAGAUCUCACCCACCCCGAGGCCUGUCUGCCCUGUGAGUGUGACCCAGAUGGCACCGUGCCAGGCUCCAGCUGUGACCCUCAGACAGGGCACUGUGUCUGCAAGGACAAUGUCCAGGGGGAACGCUGCCACCUCUGCAAGCCAGGCUUUGCCCAGCUGGCCAAUGCCAACCCCAUGGGGUGCCACAGAUGUGCCUGCAACGGGCUGGGGACCCGGCAGGACGUGCCCUGCGACGACGAGACGGGGAGAUGCUUCUGCCUGCCCAACGUGGUGGGGACGGGCUGCGAGCAAUGUGCCCCCGGGCACUGGGGGAUGGGGAGCGGCCACGGCUGCCGAGCCUGUGACUGCCACCCCCCCGGCUCCCACAGCCCCCACUGCAACCAGUUCACAGGACAGUGUCCGUGCAGAGAAGGCUUCACGGGGAGGACGUGCUCGGUGGCACAGGAGCAGGUUUGCCCAGACAGGCACUUUGGGGACAUCCGGAUAGGGUGCAGAGAGUGUGACUGUGACUUCCAGGGCACAGAGGACGUGGGCUGUGACAAAACCACGGGCCAGUGCCUCUGCCUCCCGGGUGUCACGGGCCAGCGCUGCGACCGGUGCCAGCGGGGACACUGCAACCCCCACCCCAGGUGCCAGCAGUGCCACCCCUGCUUCCAAACCUUCGAUGGGGACAUCCAGCACCUGCUCCAGCGCCAGGCUGGCCUCAGCAACUCCACCUCCCACCUUCCCCUGGGCACCGGGGGGUCCCAAUUCAGCUCCCGCCUCUCCCAGGCAGAAAACAACGUGGAGCAGGCACAGGGCAUCCUCAGCAGCUCUCCUGUGACAGAGCAGAGCCUGGCCCGGGUGGGCAGCAUGCUUGCUGCUCUCAGAGAGCAGGUCCAAGGCAUAAAUCCUGACCUUCCUGUUCUGGAUGAGACUGCCUCUCUAUUGAGGGAGCUGGAAGCCCUCAACAGCAGCUUGUUUAUCACGAAUGCUCAGUAUCAGAGCAAGAAGAGUCAGUUUGAAGCCGGCCUCAGCACAGAUCUGUCAGGAGCCUUCAAGACAAUCAGAUCUGCUUACCAGACCUCUGCCAAUGCCAGCAGCCUCAUUGCUGGCACCUCGGGGAUGCUGGCUGAGUCCCGGCAGAGACGCAGGAAGGUGGAGGGGCUGGAGCAGGGCCUGGCUCAUUCCACCUCCAAGCUGCUGACCCUGAAGGGGCAGAUAGCCUCAUCUCCCAACCUGACCCCAGUCAUAAACCAGGUCUGUGGUGGUUCCCGAGUGGAUCCCUGCACCCCAGCCCGGUGCCAGGGGCUGCUCUGCCCUCCGGAUCCCGUCCCAUCCUGCGGUCCCACCCGGCCCUGCCACGGGCUCCUCCCUCUCUCCAGAGGAGCCCUCGGUACUGCUGGGGAGAGCAGCAGAGAGCUCCGCAGGCUCAGUACCCGGCUCCAGGACACAGCACAGCUGAUUAAAACAACAGAGAUGUCUGCAAGUCAGAUCCAAAGCAACACCCAGAGACUUGUGGACCAAAUGACAGCAAAAAGGACCCAGAUUGAAGGAGAGAUCCGUCGCAUCCAGCAGUUCAUCCAGCAAGUCCGAGGCUUCUUGUCAGACAAAGACAUGGACCCUGCCACUAUCCAGGAAAUCAGUGACUCUGUUCUCUCUCUACGUCUCCCCACGGAUGCUGCUGCAAUUCGGAGGAAAAUGACUGAGAUCCAAAAUUUGGCAACUAAGCUGCAGUGCCCAGAGAGCAUCCUCACCCAGACAGCUGAGGACAUUGCCAAGGCCAGGCAGCUGCAGCAGCAGGCAGAACAAGCCAGGAACCGGGCGAAUGCCAUGGAGGGCAGCAUAGAGGAGGUGGUUGGGAACCUGAGGAGAGCAAACACAGCACUCCUGGAGGCUCAGGGUGCUAUCAGGGGCUCUGGAUCUUCCCUCCGCUUCAUCCAGGAGCGAGUUGAUGAGAUUGAGGCUGUUCUUGCCCCAGCUGAGAAGAACCUGCAGUCCCUGGGGGCUCAGCUGGAGGGGCUGCUGGAGCAGCUCUCGGCGCUGCAGCGCGGGACGGACCAGAACCUCCUGCGGGCCACUGACACGCAGCAGAUGGCUAGUGAGACGGGCCAGCAGGCCAGGAACACACAGCAGGCUUUUGAACAAGUGAAGCAAAUGUAUGCUGAGCUGAAGGGAAAGAUGGAGCAGAGCUCAGCCCUGGGAGGACAGGGCAGCGUGGUGCAGAGCAUUGACCUGGAGGCACAGGCUCUCUUUGAGGAAACUUUGGCCAUGAUGCUCAGGAUGGAAACAUUAGAGAUGGAAAUUCAGGAAAACAACAAGGCCCUGAUGUCCAAGUCAUCCAGGCUGCUGGGCCUGGAGGAGAGGGUGGGAAGGAUCCGGGAUGCCAUCAACAGGAGAGUCGCCUACUACGAGAGCUGCUCCUGAGCAUUGCCCUCCUCCUCUGCACACACACUGGCUGCUGUGUUUAUCCCUAUUUCCUGGCUGGACUUCUCCUGUGCCUAUUGUCCCUAUUUUUAGCAAAUUGAGCUUCUGUACCUCUGGAAAAUAGCAGAGCCAAAGGAGCAGCCUCCUGGAGAGGGCUGACCUGGGCUGGACUGGCUGGAGCUGCACGGGGUUGGAGAUUGCAAAGAAAAACAACCCCAAAGCUGUUAUUUCUGAAGGGGUUUAUAAACCAAAGGCAUUACUUCUUCUUGUUUCAGUCCGUUCAAGCUCUUCUAGCUGAAUUUCACUGUUCAAAAUAAAAGCCUCGUGUGGGGCCUUUCAGC